AUGUCUGAUAUCAAAACACGCCUGGCCAGUGCGCCCGUUAUCCCAUUGGUUCAGGCCGAUGAGCCCGCUGUCGCUAUUGACAUAGCCCGAGCUCUGGCCAAGGGCGGACUAACGGUGAUUGAGGUGGUGUUGCGGACAUCGGGCGCGUUGGAAUGCCUGCAGGCAAUGUGCGCGCUCGAAGACGACGUUGUCGUGGGUGCGGGGACCGUGUUGUCAUCUUCGCAAGCCAGCUCGGUACUGGAUCGAGGCGCCCAGUUCAUCGUCUCGCCCGGACUUGAUGAGUCAACGGUUGGCAUCGCACUGGACCAUGGUGUGCCGGUCUUUCCCGGCGUCAUGACACCCUCGGAGGCAAUGAAGGCGCGCAACCUUGGAGUGGAUACGGUCAAGUUCUUCCCAGCAUCGGUUGCCGGCGGCAUUCCGGCGCUCAAGGCGCUGGGCAGUGUCUUCAGUGAUCUCAGGUUUAUGCCAACUGGCGGUGUCUCGGCCGCCAACCUAGCGGACUUCCUCGCACUGCCAAGCGUGUUGGCUUGCGGUGGCAGCUGGCUUACACCGAAAGCUGCCAUAGCCGAUGGCAACUACGAUGAAAUUACGCGACUGGCAAGUGAAGCGGUGGUAAUCUCCAAAUCAGUAAGAGGGUAG